AUGGCCCUUGGCACUCCCCAACUCAAUGCCUCAGAUUGUUGGCCACAUCUUGAAUCUGCCAAACGUGUGUUGAGCAUCGCGGCCGAUGGAAAUACGGAGCGCGCUCGUAUCGAUCCAGUGUUUCUCUACACCCUCGCCUAUGGAGAAAACACCCAUAUUCUUCUGGAAGAUCGCAAAUCACUCGAACGCCCGGCUGCGCUGGAGAAAAUCCGGCUUGAACAAGAGGCUGCUAAUCAGGCCGCGGCAGCAGCAGUUACCCCUGCACCUGCUAUGGAAGACGAUGAUGUGGUUAUCAUCGACGCGACAGGUCAAGAACCUGGCUCGGUCUUGCCGAAAGUAAAGAAGAUACCCUUGCCCCUCCAUUUCCGCACGACGUUUAUCUCGCUUCGCCCACCUUCAACUUUCGAGCAGUUCCUGGGCCAGGUCAAGGCAAAAUGGGUACCAAGGCCGAGCCACGCAAGUAUUGAGGGGGUUACGUUUACCAUUGGAACCGAUUGGAUUAUACGAAUGGGGUUUAUACAAGCAGGGACAGCUCAAAAGGGGGUCAUGCUCGAACCAGCAUAUGGAAUAACCUGGGACCCAGACCGAAUACCUGCCUAUGCAGACGUUCCCCCGACAACCGACGGCCAACCCCCUGCCAUCUUGGCGGAAUUUGUCGCAUCAAUAGUGCCCCAGUCUCAUGCGGAUUAUGCAUUCCUUCCUGUGCGCUUCUCGGAGCAGCAAUGGUCUGAGGUCUUGGGCUCGGCGGAUGACGUACAGUCCGAGGCUCUGGGUGCAGCAGAGGGGGUGUACUCUCAUGGAUUUGAGUAUGCUACACCGCGCCCAAGUGACUGGGGCACUGGAUUCGUCCAAGAACGGCGGUCCGCGUUUUUGCUGCUUCGCAUGAUGCUUGACGAGAAGCUACUGGCUUAG